UUGAGCCUCGUAGCGCUAUAUGUGUGUUGCUGUUCGUUGCUGGCUGGCUGUUAUUUCGCGCAACCUGAAGGCAACUGUCAUUCCACAUUAAUCUUUAUCAGCGUGAAUUUUUUGUUCUGCAACGAAUAUCAACACCACGACGAUGUUCCGCAUCGCUAAAACUUUUUCGUCGGUUCCCAAAAACCUGAACAAGGCCCUCGAAGUGCCCUUAGGAUCCUCGAUCACAUCCAGAUGUUUGGCUACGCAAGCUGCAGCGAAACUUAAAGCUGAGAAGCCGCAGCAGGAAAAUGCUACUGGAAAAGAAUCUCAAUCUUUCACCAUGAAUCUUUUCCGCGGUCAAUUGCAGUUGAAUCAGGUCUUUCCAUUUCCGGAACCUAUGAAUGAGGAUCAAAUCGAUACAUUAAAGAUGCUCGUCGAUCCCGUGGAGAAGUUUUAUGAGGAAAUAAACGAUGCGGCUAAAAAUGAUCAAAACGCAUCUGUAGACGAAAAAACGGCGAAUGCUCUCUGGGAACUGGGAGGGUUUGCUCUGCAAGUGCCGACGGAAUACGGCGGACUGGGAUUGUCAAACACUCAAUAUAGCCGAAUCGUUGAAAUAUGCGGCUACCAUGAUUUGGGGAUCGGUAUAAUGCUUGGAGCACAUCAGAGCAUAGGAUUCAAGGGCAUACUUUUGUAUGGCACUCCUGAACAAAAAGCCAAAUAUUUGCCUCGAAUUAGCAACGGCGAGUAUGCUGCCUUCUGCUUGACGGAACCAACUGCUGGCUCCGACGCCGCUUCGAUUCGUUCGCGCGCGGUCAAGUCCGCGGACGGAUCGCACUAUAUUCUCAACGGCAGCAAGAUCUGGAUAUCGAACGGCGGUAUCGCCAAUGUCUUAACCGUUUUUGCGCAAACGCCCGUCCAAGAUCCCAAAACAGGCAAAACGAAGGACAAGAUAACCGCUUUUAUCGUUGAGAGAGGUUUCGGUGGUGUCACUAGUGGACCACCUGAGAGGAAGAUGGGCAUCAAGUGUAGCAACACGGCGGAAGUCUUCUUCGAAGACGUCAAGAUUCCAGUGGAGAACGUUAUUGGCAAAGAGGGCGAAGGUUUCAAGGUCGCAAUGAAUAUUCUCAACAAUGGCAGAUUCGGCAUGGCCGCGGCUCUCUCCGGCAAUAUGCGUUACUGCAUCAACAGAGCUGUGAAUCAUGCGACGCAACGUGUGCAAUUCGGUCGCACCUUGGACAAUUACGGCGCCAUACAGGAGAAGCUAGGGCGUAUGUCUAUACUGCAUUACGUCACGGAGUCUCUCGCGUACACGAUUUCCGGCAAUAUGGAUUACGGAAGUCAAGAUUAUCAUCUGGAAGCGGCUAUUUCCAAGUGUUUCGCUUCCGAGUCCGCAUGGUGGGUAUGCGACGAGGCUAUUCAAACUUUAGGCGGUAUGGGCUUCAUGGCCGACGCCAGUCUCGAACGAGUAUUGCGGGACUUGCGCAUAUUUAGAAUCUUUGAAGGGACGAACGACAUUUUGCGUCUAUUCGUGUCGCUCACUGGUAUCCAGUACGCCGGUAGCCACUUGAAGGAGGUGCAGAAGGCCCUUCAAAAUCCGGCCGCGAAUCUGGGACUGAUCUUCGAGGAGGCGACCAAGCGGGCGACCAGAGCGAUUGGCUUGAGUUCGCCGCCCACCUUUGGGAAUUUGAUUCAUCCGAGAUUGGCGGAAAGCGCCGCGCUUUGCUCGAAGAGCGUGGAGAGCUUUGGACAAGUCAUAGAAGCCAUUCUUAUCAAAUACGGACGAGGUAUCGUAGAUGAACAGUUUAUCCUUAACAGAAUCACGCAAGCUGCUUUCGAUACGUACACAAUGGCGGUUGUACUGAGCAGGGCGACCAUGUCGUUGAACAAGAAUCUACCUAGCGCGGAACACGAAAUAUUAAUGGCACAAACUUGGUGUGCGGAGGCAUCCAGCCGUGUUGCAUACAAUCUGAAGCAGGUUAAUAGCGGUAAACAACUGGACGUCUUCAGUAAAUUGAGUAAAAUUUCGAAAAACAUGUGCGACGUCGGCGGGUGCGUGCAAUUGAAUCCUCUAAACUUCUAAAAAGACUUUACAAAUUUAUUGCAUAAGAAAGGAUUUAUACGAUCUUGGAAUUUAUAAGAAAUUGCUUUUUAUAUGAAGAGGAAAAAAACUAAUUAUCCUUUAAAACUUUAUAAUUAAUUAUAAGUAUUGAUCAAAAGAAAUCGAUUUUAAUUUGGAUUAUCAGUGCAAAAUGUUGCCUAUUAAUAUUUUACAUAGAUGUGCGUGAAAUAAAAAUAUCGAUAAUGUUUGACGAUAAUGUUUGACGAUAAUGUUUUCAAGUUAGUAAAAUGUGUAAAAUAUCACUUAUCGUGAUCAUCUGUAAAUAUAUCUCCCAUGGAAACUAUGCGUACAGUUUCGAGCAACUAGCAAUGCAACUAGUAAACACAUAAGGUGUAAAGCAUAAGUUAUAGUUAUCAUGUGAAUAUAAAAUUAUGUAUUUUUUUAAUACUUUUUCCAUACCUUUACACACGAUUCCAAAACGACGAGUCCAAAUAAAUAGUUACACAAAGAA